AUGAGUAUAGCACCAGCAAACAAGUUCUUGUCGAAGACAUAUAUUGAUGGGAUUUAUAUUCCGUCAGGCCUUCUCAUAUUUGGAUGUUUCAUUGUCAAAAAAGAAUGGCUUCCUUUCGCUGUUGCUCUUGCUGCUCUUCUCGGGGGGUAUAAGGUCUGGGCGAGCCAAGAAAAUCCUGUCCUCAAGCCAACUGUCUUCCAAAAUUUUGAGCUCAAGGAAAAGACCAUCAUUUCCCACAAUGUAGCAAUCUACCGAUUCAGUCUGCCAAAACCUACUUCUAUUCUCGGUCUCCCUAUCGGUCAACACAUCUCUAUCUCCGCUGUCCUUCCCCAGCCCGAUGGGCAAAACAAGGAAAUCGUUCGAUCCUACACUCCUGUUUCUGGCGAUCACCAACCCGGUCACUUCGACCUCCUCAUUAAGUCUUACCCAACCGGAAACAUCUCUAAACAUAUGGCUUCUCUCAUCGUUGGUCAAGCCAUCAAGGUCCGUGGCCCAAAAGGUGCAAUGGUAUACACUCCCAACAUGGUUCGUCAUUUUGGUAUGAUCGCUGGUGGAACUGGUAUCACACCCAUGUUACAAAUUAUUCGUGCAGUUAUUAGAGGAAGAGCUGCCGGAGAUAAGACCGAGGUUGAUUUGAUUUUCGCAAAUGUCAAUCUUGAAGAUAUUUUGUUGAAGGACGAUUUGGAUGGUUUGGCCGCUGAGGACAAGGGAUUCCGAGUUCACUAUGUUUUGAACAACCCACCCGAGAAAUGGGAUGGUGGUGUUGGAUUCGUCACUCCUGAGAUGAUCACCAAAUUGCUUCCAAAGCCAGCAGAAGAUGUUAAGCUCUUACUUUGCGGACCACCACCUAUGAUCAGUGCCAUGAAGAAGGCCUCUGAAGGGCUGGGCUUCAAGAAGGCGAAGCCAGUCAGCAAACUGGAAGAUCAAGUCUUUGCUUUUUAA